AAAUACAAAGCACAAUAGCAGUAGAUUGACACCCCAAACGACAUCGGACAACAUAUAGAAAAUAAUAAGAAGGGAGCCCAAUUUUCGUUCCCUCUUUCAUAACCGGAGUGGGAGUCACCAGUUUUCCAGGAACAAGAAUUAGGGUUUUUAUUUCUGUAACAGAGAACAGCUGAAAACGACGAAGUAUCUGCUAACUCAAUACCCUAACUCACCACCCUCAACUUCUUCACUCCAAUCGGGAAGCCUUUGACGGAAGCACCGUUUCUUCUGCAUCAGUAGCGGAGCGAACCACUUCGGAAUCUGAGGUUAAAUAUCAGGUUGUAAUGGUCUUCUUACAUAUUUGAUGCUGAUUGAUGGAUCCUGAUAGCAAGAAGUUUGGAAGAGGACCUAGAGAACUUACAGGUGCUGUGGAUCUUAUAAGCCACUACAAACUGUUGCCUCACCACGAAUUCUUCUGUAAGAAGUCACUACCCUUGUCUAUCUCCGAUACACACUAUCUUCAUAAUGUGGUGGGAGACACAGAAAUUAGGAAAGGUGAAGGUAUGCAAUUGGAUCAGCUCAUUAAGGACACUUCCUUUUCAAGAGAGACAAAUGCACGCAUACAGCCAUUUGACCUAGAUGUUCUGAGAGAAGCCUUCCAAUUAAGGGAGACUGCACCAGUUGAUCUGCCUCCUUCUGAGAAGGGUAUUCCUACCAUAGCUGCAAAAUCAAAAAGCGAGUCUAAAGACAAGGAAAAGAAGCAUAAAAAGCACAAGGACAAGGACAAGGACAAGGAUAAAGAACACAAGAAGCACAAACAUCGUCAUAAAGAUCGGAGUAAAGAUAAAGACAAGGAGAAAAAGAAAGAUAGAAGUGGCCAUCAUGAUUCUGGUGCUGAGCACUCAAAGAAACAUCAUGAAAAGUUUCAGAAAAGGAAGCAUGAUGGGGAUGAAGAUCUCAGUGAUGUUCACAAGCACAAGAAAAGUAAGCAUAAGAGCUCAAAGAUUGAUGAGAUGGGUGCGAUAAAGGUAGCAGGCUAAUUAAAGGCAGACAGUUCUUUGUAAUUUUUUAGUCCUCUGAUGUUGCAGUUGAGAAUUUGGAGGAGUCCUUUACUUACUAUUGUUCAAGUCCAUAUAUCUGAGAAGUCUCUGGAUUAACCAAAAGAGUGCCCAGAAGGUGAAUUCACCUGUUGACGUAAAUUUUUUUGAAGGGUUCAAAAUGCUGGAAAUCAUCAGUGUAUAUUCGUAUAUUGACAGUGAUGUUGAAUGUUUUGAGUCUGUCUUACUUAAUGUGCAUCUAGAUGUGUCAGGUGGUGUAUACUUUAUUUCCUUUGUUGCCCUGGUGUUUUGUUUCCUUCAAAGAGUCCGAUCAAGUUUUACAAGUAGUCAUAGCCAAGUUGCAGUUCUCGGUAGUAAAGAAUGAAUAGGCUGAGAUAGGUGAAUGUGUAUUCUAAUUUCAUUCCCAUUUUGUUCAGAGAGGAGGGCGGACAUCUUUUAUUCUGUGUAGGAGAACUUGUCUCUUUCAAAGGAAUUAAUUUUCUGUAUAAUGGAAUAAUUGAUGGCUUAUUCAUCAGGGCUAGACAUUUCAUUGUAAAUAUCAGAAUAUAGCUUGAAUUGAUACUAUUUUGAGUCAUUAUAUCUAAUAUUCUUUGGAGGUAGCAAUAUGUUACUUAUUU